CCCCGCUUGCUAGGUGGGACUGAGGUAGAAAUGGAAGGGAAGAAGCUUAGUUGAGAGGAGACAAGACAGAAAGCAAAGCGCGCGCCAAAGUUGCUGUUUCCAUUUCUAAUCUUCUAAUCUAAUCUCCGUUCUAAUUUAUCAAACACACACUCUCUGUAGACUGUCAGGUAGAGACUACUUACUACACUAAACUCUCUCUCUCUCUCUCUCUCUCUCUCUCUCUAUCUCUCCCCUCGCAAAAUGAGGAAACUGCAACUCAGUUUCACGCCCAUUGCGAUGGAGAUUCCACCUCUCUUCUCGUGGUGGUAUCAAAUCGACCACUCCACUCGCUGGCAGGACGCUAUUUUCUACUUCCUCUGCGCAGCUUAUGCUCUCGUCUCCUCCAUCGCUCUCAUUCAAUUGUUAAGAAUUGAAGUAAGAGUACCUGAGUAUGGUUGGACAACGCAGAAAAUUUUUCAUCUCAUGAACUUCAUUGUCAACGGAGUGCGUGCGGUGGUGUUUGGUUUGCACAAACUAGUUUUUCUUUUGCAUCCUAAGGCCAUGAUUUUGAUGCUGUUAGAUCUGCCAGGGCUUCUGUUUUUCUCCACUUACACACUUCUAGUUCUUUUUUGGGCAGAAAUUUAUCACCAGGCAAGGGGUUUACCAACUGAUAAGCUCAAGAUAGUUUAUAUUUCGGUAAAUGCUGCCUUGUAUAUUAUCCAGGUUUGUAUUUGGAUCUACCUCUGGAUAGACGAAAACAGUGUUGUGGAGUUCAUUGGAAAGAUAUUUAUUGCAGUUGUGUCAUUUCUGGCUGCCCUAGGCUUCCUGCUAUAUGGAGGAAGAUUAUUUUUCAUGCUGAGGCGCUUUCCAAUUGAAUCCAAAGGAAGAAGGAAGAAGCUUUAUGAGGUUGGAUCUGUCACAGCCAUCUGUUUCACCUGUUUUCUGAUAAGAUGCGUUAUGGGUUUUCUGUCUUCAUUAGAUUCAGAUGUAUCGCUUGAUGUUUGGGAUCAUCCUGUUCUAGACUUGAUCUACUACAUGCUGGUUGAGGUCCUACCUUCAGCUUUAGUCCUCUAUAUCCUUCGCAAAUUGCCGCCAAAGAGGAUAUCAGCCCAAUAUCAUCCUAUCUGUUAAUUUCUUGGAUAACUGCUAUUUCUUGGAUCCCCAUAGAUUAUGAUUUAAUAGUGGUUGAAUAGAUUCUUUUAAGUUCAGCAGGAGAAACAGUUAAAGAAAAAGGAUCCAGAUUAAGUCUCAUGGCAACAGUUCUUACAUGUGUGGUGCUGCUAUCUGGAAAGGAUAGUUAUGAUUCAGUUUUUGUAGGGUAUACACGGGAUCACAAAUCA